AUGGCAAGGCUCAUUCUUAUCACAGGUCUGGCACUUCUGCUGAAUGCCCAGCUGGGUUCUUCCUACCAGCUGAUGUGCUACUACAACAAUGUGGCCCAGGACAGGCCAGGACUGGGCAGUUUCAGUGUUAGUGAUAUUGAUCCCUGCCUGUGUUCUCACCUCAUCUAUGCCUUUGCGGAGAUUCAGAACAACAGAAUCACACAAAGAAGAAUGGGUGACUUGACUGACUACCAAAUUUUACAUACCCUGAAAAACAGGAACAAUGAGAUGAUAACUCUCCUGGCAGUUGGAGGCAGCAAUACUGGAUCUGCCCCUUUUUCAUACAUGGUGUCCACUCCUGAGUUCCGCAAGACUUUCAUCAAAUCAGUUGUUGACUUCCUACGCCAGUAUGGAUUUGAUGGACUGAACUUGGACUGGCAAUACCCAGGGUCUCCUGGAAGCCCUCCUGAGGACAAGCAUCUCUUCACUGUCCUGGUGCAGGAAAUGUCUGAAGCUUUUCAGCAAGAAUCCCUGGAAAGCAAGAAGCCAAGGCUGAUGAUCACUGCUACAGUAGCUGGUAUCAUUUCCACCAUUGAGUCUGCCUAUGAGAUACCCCAGCUAUCCCAGUUCUUGGACUACAUCCUAGUCAUGAACUACAAUCUUCAUGACUAUAAAGAGGGAUACACCGGAGAAAACAGUCCUUUGUACAAAUCCCCAACUGACACUGGCACCAAUGCCUUCCUUAAUAUGGAUUACAUCAUGAAGUACUGGGUGAAAAAUGGAGCUGCAGCUGAGAAGCUUAUUGUUGGAUUUGCAACAUAUGCACAAACCUUCUCCCUGACUGACCCAUCUAACAAUGGAAUUGGUGCCCCAACCUCAAGCCCUGGCUCUGAAGGUCCCUACACACAGGAAUCUAGGAUCUUGGCCUAUUAUGAGGUUUGUACCUUCCUCACAAAAGGAGCCACUCAGAUCUGGGAAGGCUCCCAGGAAGUGCCCUAUGCCUACCAAGGGAAUGAGUGGGUUGGCUAUGACAAUGUCAAGAGCUUUCUUAUCAAGGCCCAGUGGCUUCAGCAGAACAAUUUUGGAGGUGCCAUGAUCUGGGCCCUUGGCAUGGAUGACUUCAGUGGCUCUUUCUGUAACCAGGGCAAGUUCCCUCUGACCUCUACAGUGAAGGAAGCCCUCAAGGUGACCAGUGCAAGUUGCACAGCCCCUGAUGUGCCCACUGAUCCUACGGAGCCAGUGACUUCUCCUCCAGGAAGCGGAAGCAGGAGUGGGAGUGGGAGCUCUGGAGGAAGCUCUGAAGGCAGCGGAUUCUGUGCUGCCAAAGCUGAUGGCCUGUACCCUGUGGUCAAUGACAGACAUGCCUUCUGGCACUGCUCCCACGGAAUCACAUACCUGCAGCACUGUCCGGCAGGCCUUGUCUUUGAUACCAGCUGUAAUUGCUGCAACUGGCCAUGA